AUGGUCCAAUCGGUAUCUUUCCCAUUCAAAAUAAGUCCUACUAGUCUAGGGGCUCGCAUGGGAAUAGUAUUAAGUAAAAAAGGGCUCCGAACUAAGAUAGGACAGAAGUUCAAGCAGCCUCUUAGUAGUGAAGAGCAGUCGCCGGUCAUGUCUUUGAUGUCAUAUACAACCCCAUACUCGCCUUCUAAAACUAAUGAAGACCAUUCAAGUAAAGAAACAGAGGAUGUCUAUGUUAUUCAGCGCCCGAAUGAUAUUCAUCUGUACUUGUGUCGCUACUAUCUCUUUCAACUUGAUCCUGACAUUCGGCACUUCCAGGGUCUAAAGAUUCUUCAAGUUUGUUGUAAUCGCUUACGCGAACUGCCCGAUGAGAUUGGCGAGCUUUCAGAGCUGGCAGUACUCUUUGUAGCUCGUAAUCGGAUUGAAAGACUUCCUGAGACUAUCUACAAACUUGAAAACUUGAAAGAAGUCAAUCUUUCGGAUAAUUUACUAACUACACUGCCUAAUUCAAUGCGGCUGCUUAAGUCCUUGGAAACAAUCGACUUAUCGGGCAAUCCCAUGAAAGAACUGCCGGUGACAAUACCUUACAUUAGCACUUUACGCAGUAUUUCUGUACUUCGUACUUUUAUCUUCUACUUCCCGCCGGAGUUGCUUCGUUUAGUCUUUCUCUCGGAUCUCUUCUUCCCACAACCUGAGUCUCUACAUAAAGUAGCUGCCCAGUGCCAGGCCAAGCACCACUCUCUACAGUACAUUCAGGACUCACUAAUCAUUCGCCGCUUAGUGCCCGUUUCUCUUUAUGAAAAGGCCGUCCAGAAGAUCAUUGUUAAGACCCGUCUCCUGCGCAAGAACACUCCUAAGGAAAUCAUGAAGAUGAUUUUGAACGCCAGAGCCUGUGAUGUCUGUGGCAAUCCCUUGUUUUCCUCCUUUGUUACUGUUUACACCAAAGCCAUUAUUUGCGAUAAGGAAGUUCUUCUUCGGUUUAUGCUCUGUAAAACCCACCCUAUUGAUUACCAAACUCCAUUCCAAUCCCUACGUGAAAGUCUCUUCCGUGAAAAAGAGUACCCUGGCGACCCAAUCAUUCCCAACAUUCUCUUUAUGUUUGACACACUCACUUACACCAAAGAACAGAAGCGACUUAUUCGCCAGGAAGAAAGAGCCCUUAAAAACCCGCACAUUCCUACUGUCCAUCUUCUUCUCCUCAAAAGACUUCUCCACUCCUAA